AAUAAUUAUAUUGUUUAUUUUGUGUUUACCCGAAUUUUUCAAAAUCCAUGAAGCUAACACUGUAAUGGUGUCAUGCAUGGAUACCUGUUCGUUAAGUAACAUCGCUUUUCCACUUUGUACUUUUAAUAAUUCUUAUGAAAGAUCAGUGAAACAAAGAAGAGAACACCAGACUAUUUUGCUGAAGGUCAUUGUAAAUAAUUCCAGUUUCCAGAAUAUUCCAUGUAUUUGCCAGUCAUCCUGGAGGGAACAACAGUCCCACUCUAAACAGACAGAGUGUGAAUCUAAGAGGGAUGUGAAUGUUGAACAUCAAGGAUCAGGAUCAAAAGCUAAAAAAACAAAAGGCUCGUUUGAAGUGAAAACAGAAAAUGUUACUUAUUUUUAUAAAUAUUUUAAUUUCACUACGGUUUCCAAGAAAGAAGUGGAGCAUAAUACGAACUACGUGGUGGAAAUCCACAUUAACAAUUCUAUAGCUGGAGGACGAAAUGCAGCUGACAAACAACUAAAUCAUUCUUGUCUCUUGGCAAUGAUGGAAGAACAAAAUGACUGUAUAAAUAUUUCACUGCAACUGAAGUCUUAUAUGGAAUAUCCAAUGUGUAUGGUGAAGAUCACUUGGUUCAUUAUGAUUCCAGUAGUUUUUGUAUUUACUGUUUCAAUCGUCAUCUACAAAAUAGUCCAAGAAAAUAAACAGAACUAUUAUAAACAGAGAGUAGCAACAUCAGUUUCUACUGUUCUGAGAAGAAAUGGUUCCAGGCAUGCAAGAAGAACUGUAUCUGCUACUAAAAUUCACCCUUUUCCUGUAGCAAAAACCAGCAAACAACAGAUUCCACCUCCUGCACAGACCACAAAGAUACUGCCUGUAAUUCCUGAGCAAGAGCAUUGUUAUAUGGAUCAGCUGUAGAAGUUUCAGGUACCACCCUAUGAAAUACCAGCACUUCUGAAUGAAAGAAGACACAUCAUACAUGCCCAGAAGAAAGCAUCCCCAUUUUCAGCUUGGGGAGCUAUGUUAUCUGUCUUUUCAGGAGAAGGCCAAUUAUGCAUUUCAGUUGACAAGCUCCAUUUUUUACAUCAUAAUUAUUUGGUAUUAAGAAAAUAUGAAUGACAAACAUGUUUUGCUGCAUAAACAACUUCGAUAGCGGAGUGUAGAUUUCACAUCUAUUUUCUGUUCAUUCAAGAUACAUACUUCUUUGGUUGCGAUAAUCCUUGUGAUAAUUACAUUUUUUUAUCAGGGUAGAAAUUUAUUUUAUAUAUUCCACAGGGUAAGAAGAAGUCUGUAUAAAGCUGGGAAUUAUCCUCUACUUUCAUGAAAUGAGCACAAUUUUCAACCUGCUUAAUGCUCUAGAUGACUGAGAUGCCUAAAAGAUACAGUUUCUGGCUGUUGAGAAGGGUGGCCAAAGUAUUACAGAAAAAAAGAUUUCUGUAGCAAGCAUGUUAGUUUCUGCAGUAAAACAGGAAGACCAUCAUAAUUUGCACAAUAGCUUAGUGCAUGAAGAAAAAAAUGUGGAAAAAUACUAAUUUGGCUUCAAAUCACAGAAUCGUUAUUACAGAUUUUUAAUAACUCAUUAAGACAUUAAAUGGGUUUGUACUUUUUGAGAAAUUGCAUUUCCAUCUUUUGUUCUAGCUUGGGUCAUUAGCAUUCCGACCCAUUAUCUCUUGGAACUUUUCCUUACCUUCCAUUUACUACUGCUCCUCUGAGUGCAGUGGAGCUGUUUGGGCUGAGCAGGGUCCCAAACUCCUGUGGUGCUAACACAUGAUUUGUGGGUACAGCUUAGCCAUCAAUUACUAGGCAGAGACAGAAAUUGCCAGGACUUCAGGCUCCCUUGUGCUAAAUCCAUCAGGAUGAACAGAUUGUAAACUGCCCAUUGCAAACAUGAUAGGCAGCUAUUUAGCAUCCAGUUAAUACUUCAUUACCUCCAUUCCUUACAUUUAUACAGCCUUACCCUCCUGCAGCUUUCUGAAAUUGCAUUUUCCAGUCUACACCGAGCAGUUCAAAUUUAAUAGGAAUAGUUGGGAACAUUAGCUUCUGAAUGAUUUGAGGGCAUAUGGAAUUUUUU